UGUGUGUUGAUCAUCACUGGUCUUUGCCCCACUCAGACACUCGUCGUGUAGUUAACCGUAGGAUCACACCGGCGUACAACCUGACUGAGAAAUGUCUCGGGCUGCGGAAAGACUCCGACUACUGAUCACUCAUCUUGAUCGCCCACCCGCGGAGAUCACAGCUGCACCGACUUCUGCUCAAACCUUCACCUCAAGUCAUCCGCAGAAACUCAGAUAUACGUUGGAUACAGGUCUGCUGACCCCAGAACAGCGACUUUCCUAUGAGGAAAAUGGCUUCAUUCUCGUCAAGAAUCUGGUAUCUGAGGAGGACAUCUUCAGGUUCAGGAAGGAGUUCGAACGGAUCUGUCGACAGGAAGUGAAGGUUCCUGGUCUUACGGUUAUGAGGGACUUGGCAAUCGCUAAAUCAGAGUUCGUUCCUGAUCAAAAAGCGGUCUCUAAAGUCCAGGACUUCCAGCAAGAUCCUGAACUGUUCCGGUACUGCACCUUACCACAGAUUCUGAAGUAUGUGGAGUGUUUCACUGGGCCCAACAUCAUGGCCAUGCACACCAUGCUGAUAAACAAACCUCCUGAUGCAGGUAAGAAGACGUCUCGUCACCCAAUGCAUCAAGAUCUGCAUUACUUCCCGUUCCGCCCAGCGGACAGGAUCGUCUGCUCUUGGACUGCAAUGGAGAAAGUGAACAGGCAGAAUGGCUGCCUGGUCGUCCUGCCGGGAACACACACCAGCACCCUGCGGGAGCACGACUACCCUGACUGGGAGGGUGGUGUAAACAAGAUGUACCAUGGAGUGCGUGACUACAACCCGCAGCACCCCAGGGUGUACCUGGAGAUGGAGAGGGGCGACACCGUCUUCUUCCAUCCACUGCUGAUCCAUGGCUCUGGCAUGAACCAGACGCAGGGCUUCCGCAAGGCCAUCUCCUGCCAUUAUGCCAGCGCUGACUGCUAUUACAUUGAUGUGAAGGGAACCACACAGGAAAACAUAGAGAAAGAGGUGAACGCGGUCGCAGCCAGGAAGUAUGAUCUGGGUGACGAUAUUACCUUCAAGGAUACCUGGGCUUUCCGAGGCCGCCUGGUGCAAGGGAACAGGACUUCACUGUAGACGCCACAGACUGCUAAGAAAACUGCAGGGUGACUAAUCACUGAGCUGGAGAUCGAUAUGGUGACUGGAUAAGAAGCAUCAGGCCACAGAAAGUGUUCAAGGCCGCCUUUGAAUACACUUAAAAGGAAUCAUAAAGAAAUUAUGAAUAAUUUUUCUCAUCGUACAAUCCCCAAUUUCCUUUUUUUAGUGGAGGAAUGUCAUUUUUAGAUCACUUACACUUGACUAAAUAUCAGUUAAGACAUGUCACUGCACAGUCCUUGGGAGAAUAAAGCACCUGACCGUCAGUACACCCCCUGCUACUUGCUCUAUUGUGCGACACAGUUAAGCAGUAAAACAUUGUGAUCAAUCCUGAAAUGUCCAUCAAGAUGUUUGAAGAGAAUGUAGAGGAAAAGGAUGUUUAUUGCACAUAGUUCACAUGUUGAUUAAAAAAAGUAAGAAGUGUUGCGUAUGAGAGAGAGAGAGAGAGCGGUGGAGUGAAGCUGACAGAGAGAUAAAGUAGAGUAAGUGAUGUUCUUGUCAAGUAACACUAACAGGCCUUAACCCGAAACUGCCUUAUAAACAUAUCAGUGUGUUAAUGUUCUGGUGUCUGUUGAUGUGAUGCUUUCAACAGUUUGACGUGGAGUGGAUGGACGUUUGUUUUUGUUUUAUAGAAUCAUGCUGUGACAAAUGAAAUAUCUGAAUAAUAAAAAAAUGACUGGUACAAUAAU